AUGCAUAUUCUGUGGCUCAUUUUGCCGCAUGUUUUAAUAUAUCCACGCCAAGUGAUUGGUUUGACUAACACAAAAGAAGUGAAUGAAGAAACCUUCACGAAGUACUACAACUAUGUCGACUUGACAGGUCGCCUAAAGAGUUUUUCUAAAAAAUACCCGCAAAUUUGCAGCCUCUCAACUAUCGGGCAGUCCGUCGAAGGAAGGGAACUUUGGGUGAUGCGAGUGACGACGAGUCCGAGGACGGACGUGCCAGGGAAACCGAGGUUCAAAUAUGUCGGCAACAUUCAUGGAAAUGAGGCACUGUCACGGCAGGUGUUGGUGUAUCUCAUUGAGCACCUCUUAACUCAGUAUGGAACUGAUGUAGGAGUGACAGAACUGGUCAACCAGACGGAUAUAUACAUAUUGCCCAGUAUGAAUCCUGACGGCUUUGAGAAGGCAGUAGAGGGCGAUUGCUCUGACGGCGACAAGGGCCGUGAGAACGCCAAACACAAAGACCUCAACAGAAGUUUCCCUGACCAGUUUGAGCCUUCCAGUGAAACUUCAAAUGAUGUGCCGGAGGUCACGGCUGUCAUGAGGUGGAUUAUUAAAAAAAAGUUUGUUUUGUCUGGCAGUCUUCAUGGGGGCUCAGUGGUGGCCAGCUACCCCUUUGACUCCAGUUCUCAUGAAACCUCAGGCUAUUACAGCUCAACACCAGAUGACGCUCUAUUCCGCUAUCUUGCACGGACAUACGCGGAGAACCAUCCCAUUAUGAGGAUGGGCCGGCCCUACUGUCUUGAUGAUCCCAACAGACGCUUCAAAGAUGGGAUCACAAACGGGGGAAUGCAGGAUUACAACUAUUUGAAAGGGAACUGUUUUGAAGUCACUUUUGAAUUGAACUGCUGCAAGUAUCCACCAGCUUCUCAGCUUUACACAGAGUGGAUCAACAACAAGGAGGCCCUUCUCACCUACAUGCAGAAGUCUCAUAUUGGUGUGAGAGGUUUUGUCAUGACCAGGUCAGGUCAUGCUCUUCCAGACGCCACAAUCUCUGUUUCUGGAAUUGAUCACAACAUCACAACCUGGAAGUUUGGUGAUUAUUACCGCUUGCUGCUGCCUGGAACAUACAACAUCACUGCUAGUUCUCCUGGGUUCCUUUCAAAUACUGAGAAGAAUGUGCCAGUGAUCCAAGGCAAAGCUACACUGCUGAACUUCACUCUUGAGAAACCUUUUGAGGACAUCUUAAUGCUAGAGCCCAUAUCUACUAAACAAACCAUAGUAAAGGGCAAAGUUUUCAGCAGGCCAUGGCCAUUCACCCCAAAGUCUCCUAUCCAUGCCUUGGACUUCCGCCAUCAUAGUUAUGCAGAAAUGGAGCUGUUCUUGCAGUUGUUCAGUAUUGUCCAUCCAUCUGUCACUCACCUGUACUCUGCUGGAAGAUCAGUGCAGGGCAAGAAUCUUUAUGUGAUGGAGAUAUCCACCAAUCCUGGUGUUGAUCAGCUAGGCAAACCAGAGGUCAUGUUUUUGGGUAACCUUCAUGGAAAUGAGGUUAUCGGUCGUGAGAUCCUCCUUAACCUGGUUGAAUACUUGUGCCGCAAAUAUGGCAAAGAUCCUUUAGUUACACGACUAGUCAACAGCACAAGAAUUCACAUCAUGCCCUCCAUGAACCCAGAUGGUUAUGAAUUAGCAAUGAAAGCUCAACAGAAACAGUUUAUGAUGUCAGGAAACCUGAGUAUUAUUGGACGCCGUAAUAGUCACCGUGUUGACUUGAGCACAAAUUUCCCUGAACGGUCAAGAUCAAGGAAUAUUAUUGAAGCAGAAACUCAGGCAGUGAUGGACUGGAUCAAGGCCCACUUCUUUGUGCUGUCUGCAAGUAUACAUGGAGGGUUUAGGAGAGUAGUGUAUCCUAGUUCCCUUGACUCCAUUGAUGAGAACAUAUUUAAAUCAGUUGCAGAAGCUUAUCAUACGCAAUCUGAGGUAUUACAAGAGCCCCAGGACUGUGAUGAACCAAGAACCAGAGAGAAAAAAGUCUCAAAACUCCAUCGCCCAGUGACCACAGGAACUGAUUUGCCGACCUGGGCAUAUCGCAACGCGGAUACUUUUGCUGUUAACAUUGGUAUGAGCUGUGAGCUUCUCCCACCAGUGAAGUCCCUCUCAGAAUACUGGGAGAAGAAUUACAGAGCCCUCUUACAGUUCAUACAGCAGGUUCAUUUGUUUGUGAGGGGGAUGGUGACUGAUGGUCAUUCUGGCAAGGGAAUUGCUAAUGCCACUGUAGUGGUGGAAGGCUCCAGGCACCAGGUCCACACCAGCAGUACAGGCCAGUACUGGAGACCUCUUGCUCCUGGUUCUUACCAUCUCACUGCCUCGGCUCCAGGUUACACCUCGGUGUCGGAAUCUGUCCGAGUAUUGGACACUCGAGUGGAGCAGGUGGACUUCAAGCUGACCAGGGAAACAUUACAGCCAUCUGUAGAGGAUGGAGAACAGAAGGAGUUUGAGAGAAUAGUACAGAGGCUUUUAACUGCUGAUGCAUUGGAACAGUUUGUCCGCAGCCUUCAGCCAGCUAAGAUCCUUCAGUACCGAAACUACAGAGAACGCUCAGAGUUUCUCCAAGGGCUGACCUACAACUUCCCCCUUAUCACACACCUGUACAGUUUGGGUCAGAGCGUUGAGUUCAGAACUAUCUGGGCUCUGGAGAUCUCUGGUAAUUUGGAGACGCCUAAACCUGCUGAACCCAAAAUCCGUUUUGUGGCCGGUGUUCAUGGAAAUGCUGCAGUAGGCCCGGAGAUGCUGCUGGAGUUCGCCUCUGUUCUCUGCCUCAACUACGGCAGGAACCCCACCAUCACCAAGUUGAUUGACCAGAGCAGGAUACUGAUUGUCCCAUGUGUGAACCCUGAUGGAAGAGAGCUGGCACAGGAAGGACACUGCUCCUCCAGCGUUGGCUAUACCAAUGCUCAUGGCACAGAUCUGGACACUGAUUUCUUCUUUGGUAAUGUGUCAGCGCAGCCAGAGACCCGUGCACUGAUGGAUCUGAUCAAGGAAGGGGGUUUCUCUCUCUCUAUAGUGCUGGAUGGGGGUGCUCUGCUGGCCACAUAUCCCUAUGACAGACCCAAACAACAUGCACAAAAUGAAGAGACUUUGAGAUAUUUGGCCUCCUUGUAUGCCAGCAGUCAUUCUAUCAUGUACUUGGGUAACCUGGGAUGUACAGAAGUGUCAGAAAUCCCAGGAGGGAUCCUGAAGGGGGCGGAGUUCAGCGCUCACACAGGCAGUAUGAAGGACUUCAGUUUGGAUGUGGGUGUCUGCCCUGAGAUCACAGUGUACACUAGCUGUUGUAUGUUCCCACCUGAACUUCGGCUUUUCUCACUGUGGAUGGAGAACAGGAUGCCUCUAUUCCGCAUGCUAUUAGAGAUUCACAGAAGGCUGAUUGGUGUCGUGAGAGACAGUAAAGGCCAUCCGGUGUCAGAUGCUGUUGUUGUGGUGAAUGGCUCUGUGAACGUUCACACAGACAGUCGGGGUUACUUCACAACACUGCUGGCUCCUGGAACACAUCAGCUGCAGGUUCAAGCCCAUGGAUAUCAACAAGAGCUCCAGCAGGUGAAUCUUUCGUCAGACAGAGUGACUAGCCUCCUCAUGAUUGACUUUACAGCAGACAGAGUUCCUCUCAGCCAGGGGGUGUUUGUAAUUGCUGCAGCGUCUUUGAUUACUGUCUUCAUCUGCACUCUCCUCAUCUGGCACCUUCGCUCUGGCAAGUUCAGCCACAUACGAGAUGGGGUUCGCUGGUUACGCCGUGACCGGGACAACCUCCGAAUGGAGGAGAUUGUUUCCGAGAAGUCGCCCUUGCGGCAGGAGUUUCUGGAUGAGAGUGAGAGUGAGGAUGACCCUUUCUAUGUGGAGGGGCACUGAAUGUUCAAUACCGUCACAAGUUUGUAAAUGGAGUCUUUAUUAAAUAAAGUGUCUUUCUGUGCAGACAUGCGUUUCAGUGAGUAAAAUGACCGAUGUGGAAUUC